AUGGCCAAGUGGGGACAGGGGGACCCGCGCUGGAUCGUGGAGGAGCGGGAGGACGGGACCAACGUGAACAACUGGCACUGGACAGAGCGGGAUGCCACCAGCUGGUCCAAGGGGAGGCUUCGUGAACUCCUGGUGGGUAUCACCGUGGAGAAUGAGGCUGGCCGCUGCGAGAUCAGUGAGCUGAAGCAGGUGGAAGGCGAGGCUUCCUGCAGCAGCCGCAAAGGAAAGCUGAUUUUCUUCUAUGAGUGGAACAUCAAGCUGGGCUGGAAAGGUAUCAUUAGAGAAUCUGGUGCGAAGCACAAGGGGUUGAUUGAAAUACCCAGCCUGUCUGAAGAAAAUGAAGUAGAUGACACUGAGGUGAACGUGAGUAAAAAGAAAGGAGAUGGGGAUAUUCUGAAGGAUCUUAUGAAAACUGCAGGCACCGCCAAGGUCAGGGAAGCCCUUGGAGAUUACCUGAAGGCACUUAAGACGGAAUUUACAUUGGGAAUGAUUUUACCAACCAAAGCUAUGGCAGCCCAGGAAUUGACAGUUAAAAGGAAACCGAGUGAGAAUACCUUGCAGGCCUCCUCUCCGAUGGCACUGGGCGUAAGGAUUCCCACCGUGGCCCUGCACAUGACGGAACUCUUUGACGCAGCUAUCGAGCAGCUGUACAGAAUCUUCACUGUGAAAGAUUUGGUGCAAAAAUUUUCUAAAUCUCCUGCUGUAUUAGAAGCUGAAAAGGGAGGGAAAUUCCAAAUGUUUGAUGGAAACAUCUCUGGUGAAUAUACAGAACUGUUAACAAAUAAAAAGAUCGUUAUGAAAUGGAGACGUAGGAACUGGCCAGAAGAACACUAUGCAAUAGUUGCACUGAAUUUUGUGCCUACGCUAGAGCAAACAGAAUUAGAAUUGGACUGUAAAGGAGUUCCUGUCUGUGAAGAAGAGAACAUGAAAUUUUGUUGGCAGAAGCAGCAUUUUGAAGAAAUAAAAGGUUUACUGCAAUUGACCACCUUAAAUGGUUGA